UUCCCAGCGGGCGUUGGGGCGGGAACCCGGAAGGGGAGGCAAGAGAGGAACGAGUAGGGGAAACUCGCGUAGCCGAGGGAGCCGCAGCGCGGGGAGAUGGUGGCCCGUGGAGCCCCCCACCACCAUUCAGCUCCUAAGAUGCGGUGAUCCACUGCCUGUCCGACACCACCCCCCACAAUGGACCGCGGUGGCCUCCUGCCCUUCCAGCUAUGGUGCCCCCGGCCCUUUGGCACCUACUCACAGAACCAACCGCGCCCGCCCUCUGUGACCCUCAAGCCAUCAACCUGCCCCGAACCAGGCAGUGGGGUGGAGCCGGACCACGGGCCUGCCCACUCAGAGAACACUCCACCCACCUUGGCCCCAGAGGCCCCAGCCCCCCAGCCCGCCCCGCUCCUCUCCGCGGCAUCUGCAGGUGAUGAGGGCCGAGUCCUGCUGGACACGUGGUACGUGAUCAAGCCUGGGAACACGAAGGAGAAGGUGGCCUUCUUUGUGGCCCACCAGUGCGGCGGGGGCAGCCGGGCCAGCUCCAUGAAGGUCAAGGGGCACUGGGGCAGUGACAGCUCCAAGGCCAAGAGGCGGAGGCGCUGCUUGGAGCCCACCAAGGCCCCACCGGACCCAGGGGGCCGGGAGGGACUCACUGCUGCUGAGGGGGCCCCAGGCUCGGCCAGUGAGGACAUGGACUUGCUCUCUGUGGCUGAGAUGGUGGCCCUGGUAGAACAGCGAGCUGCCCUGGCCCUGCAGAACUACCCACGCCCUGGCACCCCAGCGCCUGUGGUCUUUGUGUCAGCAGAGCAGGGCGGGCCAACCAAGGGACUGGGGCCUGAACGGCGGGCCAGCAAUGGCGGUGGGGAUUGCAGCCGUGUGGCUGAGGCUGUAGCCCACUUUGAGGCCCAGCGGGAUAGCCCUCCAGCCAAGGGCCUCCGCAAGGAGGAGCGGCCCGGACCAGGCCCUGGGGAGGUUCGCAUUGCCUUCCGCAUCUCCAACGGCCGCGAGCCCAGAGCACCGGAUGGCAGUUUGCCCAACGGGGGCGGGGGCCGGCCCGGUUGUGCCUACCCCGGCAGCCCGGGUCCUGGAGCCCGGACCAAGGACAAGAUCACCUGCGACCUCUACCAGCUCAUCAGCCCCUCGAGGGAUGCCCUCCCCAGCAACGUGGAGUUCUUGCUGGCUCGGGCAGAUGAAGCCAGCGAGGGCGAGACCCCAGCCCCUGCCCGGCCUGAGGACGCCCCCCCAGCACCUCCUCCACCCCCUGCCCGGGAUUGCGGGGCUUCUGGCUUCCACGUAGACGUCGUGGUGACGGGCGUGGUAGAUGAGUGCAUCUUCUUUGGCAAGGAUGGCACCAAGAACGUGAAGGAGGAGACGGUGUGCCUGACGGUCAGCCCUGAGGAGCCGCCGCCUCCUGGCCAGCUCUUCUUCCUCCAGUCCCGGGGGCCGGACGGGCCCCCCGAGCCACCCCCCACUGACACACCAGCCACUGCGCCAGGCCCCGACGAUGCCGAGGGGGCAGCGGACACCUCGCUGUGCCGCCUCUACCGGCACGUGUCACAUGACUUCUUAGAGAUCCGUUUCAAGAUCCAGCGGCUGCUGGAGCCGCGGCAGUACAUGCUGCUGCUCCCUGAGCACGUGCUGGUCAAGAUCUUCAGCUUCCUGCCCACCCGGGCCCUGGCGGCCCUCAAGUGCACCUGCCACCACUUCAAGGGCAUCAUUGAGGCAUUCGGCGUGCGGGCCACUGACUCGCGCUGGAGCCGUGACCCCCUCUACCGUGAUGACCCCUGCAAGCAGUGCCGCAAGAGGUACGAGAAGGGUGACGUGUCGCUAUGCCGCUGGCACCCCAAGCCCUACCACCACGACCUGCCUUACGGACGUUCCUACUGGAUGUGCUGCCGCCGGGCUGACCGCGAGACACCUGGCUGCCGCCUGGGCCUGCACGAUAACAACUGGGUGCUGCCCUGUAAUGGGCUGGGUGGGGGCGGGGGCAGGGCUGGCAGAGAGGAGGGCAGGUGAAGCCGGGUUGGGGGGCGGGAGAGCCCACCAUGCCUGCCCCCACCACCCCCCAGGAGUUGAGGGCCAGGACGGGGUCACCAGCCCGGACUCCCAAUCCAGGGAGCGUCAGGUCACCUCCACAGCCACGAUGGGGUUCAGGGGGUGACCCCAGCAAGCACUCCGAUUGCCUGACCCAUUGGUUUCUUACUCCUCAGACCCAGGGCCGUGGACCCUCAAGGAGGGUGUUUUUUUAUCAGCAUCUCAAUUUCUUCUCUAUUCAACCCCAACAUCCUAUCUGCCACCUUCUACACCCCAGGGACCCACCAGCAGGGAGCAGAUGGCAGCUAAUUUUGGUACCACUUAAGGGUUCCCCCAUUCUGGUCCCCUCCCAGCCCCUCCCCCAGUUCUUCGUCUCUGGGGCUGUUUUCUCCCAAGAGGCUGUGACCCCCCAAGUUGCCACCUUCCUCACCCACCACACCAGGGCUCUUAGGAAUUGAGAACCAUCAGAUCACAGUUCCAAUUCGGUAUUUUUCAUGGCAGCCUGCCAUUUUGAAAUGUUUUCCCCGUGAAAAAAUAAAAAUCACUGCUUGCUUCUUAAUCUCAAGCUACCAGUCUCCACUUUCCCUAGAGAGGAAUGGGGGAAAAGGUUGUAUAAAAGUAUAAAAAUCCCCCAUUCUCCCACUAUUUAAGCUAUUGCCAUCACCCCUACCCCCUAUAAUUAAAAAAAAAAUAGCUGUGAAGCCCUUUGCCUCGCUCUUGACAGUGUGGAGGGGGUCAGUGGGCAGGGACUGUGAGUUUGAAGUUCUGGGUGAUUUUUCCUUCUACUCUGGGUACUUGUUCAGGUGUUGGGGUCUCUUCAACCCCUCCCCGCUCCCCGACACUUAGGUUUCUUUAGAAUCCUUUGUUCAGCUGGGACCUUGAUUUUCAGGCAGUUUGAUCUGGGGUAUUUUUGUUUGUUCUAUUUGGGGGUUUUUGUGUUUUCAUUUUUUCAUCAUUGUGGUUCCGGAAGCUUCUAGCGUGUGGCAUUUGACCAAUUUUGAAUUGGUCCUUUCUAUAAAAUCAAUAUUUAUAAGGCCGGGCCCAGACUCGUUUGUGUGUUGUUGAGAGAGGAGGCUUGGGGACAAAGGGCGGCAGAGGCCUGUGUGUGGCGGGAUAGGGAGUUGAGAGAGAAGGAAUUCUUAGCCAAGUCCCUUAGCCUGAAAUUAUUUGGGACUCUUCUCACCUGUAUCAGUUUGGAUAAGAAAAUCUCAAAAUAGUAGUAGCUUAAAGAAGAUAAAAGUUUUUUUGGGCAGCUGUGGUGCCCUCCAAAGUCAUCAGGAACCCAGGCUCAUUCUCGCUCACUCUUCCAUUAUCCUUUGGCUAUGAUCCUUGCCUUCAUGGUCCAAGAUGGCUGCUAGAACUCCAGCCAUCACUAUUUUGCAGGCUGCAGGAUGGAGAAAGGGACAAAGGAAAGGAAGCCCCUUUCUUCCCAAAAGUAUAACGCUGCCCCUCUGUAUGCAUCUCAUUGACCAAAACUUAGCCAUAGCUGGGUGCAGUAUGCCCAGCAAAAAACUCCUCUGGUCAAGAUUCCUGUAAUUUAAGUUUUAAAAUAGCUAAUUAUUUCACUAAAUAAAAAAGGCCUUAAAACAUUUUUUUAAAUCGAAGUAUAAAGACAGAAGAGGCAAAAAUGGAUAUUAAGAGGCAGGUAGCAGUUUGACGUUCUUAUCAGGGAAUCAAAAUUUCCCAGAGAGAGUAGGAUAUACAGUAAAACCUGUGAAAGCCGGAACAUGUGUAAGGUGGAAACCUGUCAGAGAAGGAAAACUCAAGUAUUUUCUACUAAGACAAGUGAUAGAAAAGUGGUAAAACUAUACCCUGUCAAAGACAGAAAACUUGUGAGAUUCAGAAGUUCUGGCUUUCACAGGUUUCACUGUAGUUAUUGAGUGCUUAGGUUUUAGAUUCGAAGAGAUCUGGGUUUGAAUCUUGGCUUGGUUUUGUGGGGCUUCAGUUUCUGUUGGGCUAGAUUACUUGCCCCAGCCCUCCUGCUGAAAAACAACUGAAAUAAAAAUUUUCCUUAAAACAUCAAAUAGCCAGUAAGCUACAGUAAGGACCCACCAGAGCAGAAAUUUUAAGGGAAAGGCCCACUGGGCACUAAGCCACAGUUGCUCUGAGGGUAUUUGUUGAUGUGAACACAAUUGGGUUUCUCAUUUGGCAGCCUUUUGGGGGCAAACAGGCAGAAGUCAGGACCAAAGCCUACCCAGUGUGGGGAAUCUCAGAGGAGCUGGAAUCCCAGAGAACUACAAGCUCAGAUAAGGGUAAUCCAGAAAACUGCAGAGAUGUUCUCAACACUCGGGAGCACAAGACCAAAGGAAAGAAAAAAAAUUGACUUAUAUCUUGUAGCUGUAGACUGGACGUCACAGAUUUGCAAUCCAGGUUUGUAUCACCUGUGUGAUCCAGGAACUGCUAGGUAAGGUAUCUGACAGGAAAAAAAAAAAAAAAUUCUGGGGUAGAA